ACCCCCCCCCCCCCCCCUCCAUUUUAGUUUGUGCAUUUUGUUCUUCUGUGCUCGUCAAGAGUCUCGGAGCAGUGCGAAGAAAACUGCAAGUUUCUCUCUGCCUCUCUGUCUUUGCAAAGAUCUCAUCAAAAACGGCAAAAGACAAGAUUGUUUCACGAUUGAAUUGUAAAACACAGCACUCCUGUAUUUUUUUUCUUCUUCUUUUCCACAGGAAACAGGAAACCACAAGUCAUAACAGGAUGCCCUUGGUUACCAUACUGUACCUGAUGCGUGGGUAGCUGCACGGGGGUAACCCAUUUCCAAAUUUAUGGUGGUUGUGUAAGAAGAUGAGUCCGUGAAUGCGAAACCCGUGGGUGGAGUGCGGUGUUAGGAAAAUGGAGUUCCACUCUAAAUAUAGAUUUUUUUUUUUUUUUUUUUUGCGACGUAUGUGCCUGCGUGUCUCCCCCACCGCAAUCUACAACAGAUCAUUUGUCCUAGUUUGUGAAAGGCAGCAAACCAAGUGUCGUUUGAUGUCCGUGUAGCGUGCCGAUAGCGUCACCUCAGAUGCAAACGCACCCUCUCUGUGUUUCCCCCAAGUGCGCUGUCGGAGCUGCGUUGAGAAUCUGUGACAUGAGACACAUUUUGUCGUACUGAGGUCGAGCCGGCUCGUGUCAAAUCCCUGGUGAAAACAUGUCUAAGGUGGCUUGCAGACUGAAAGGGCAAGUGAACAGCAGCCGAGAAUGACGACAGUGGGGACAGACAAGGAGCUCAGCGACUUGCUGGAUUUUAGCGCGAUGUUCGAACUUCCAGUUUCAAAUGGCAAGAAUAGGGCAACAGUCAGACUGGCCAGCAGUCAGUUUGGGGGCUCAGGCAUUGAUGAGAGGAACGGGUCCAGUCCUUGGGGAUCAGGAGAGCAGAACAGUCCAUCAUCGUUCAGCCAGGGGAGGUGUUUCGGAGAAGAAGCUGUUUACAAUGACCAAGCUGGCGUUUCACCUGGGACAGUGUUUGGUACAGGGAUUGCUGGGAAGGCUGAGAGAGCCCCAUACUCACCAUUUGCAACACAGCCGGGGUUUCUGCCCAGUGAGAUAGCCAUGCCAAGUCCUGAUGCCCUGUCCCCCUCUGGUUUGAAGACCACCUCCCAGUUUUAUCCCUCGUAUGAAGGCAACAACCCUCGGAGACGACCCGCACAAGACCCCAUCGAAGCCCAGCCAAAAAAGAUCCGGAAGGUGCCCCGCGGCCUGCCCUCCUCGGUUUGUGCCUCAGCCGAGGAUUUUAACAGGGACAAUGCUACAUACUCUGCUUCCAAAGCAGGAGGCAUUUACACGCCCCCAUUCUCCAUGCAAGAAGGCCUCCACCCGCCUUCCGAUUCAUGGGGUUCUGCUGGGUCGAUGGUUCAACCUGGUUAUCCUUCCAUGCUGGGUAACUCCACCCAUCUGAGCCAACAUGGUCCCUUUACUGCUAUCAACCCCCAAGACAGACUGAAACGGCAACCGUUGCCCCUCUCACCACAAAACUACCCCUUGCAUGGCAGUGAGGUGAACGGGACCCAUCCUGCUGGCUUCCACUCUGGCUCAAACAGCUACGGAAUCCCCAAUCACACAUCCCCUCUUUCUGCCAAUCGGGGAACAGUACCUGGAAGUUCUGGUGAUGAAAUUGGAAAAGCACUUGCUUCUAUUUAUCCUUCAGACCCAAACAGUAAUGGCUACUCUUCAUCCCCAUCAACACCCUCCGGCUCUCCUCAGGCUGCAUCAGGAGCUAUCUCCCAGUGGACAAGGUCAUCUGGACAGGCUACUCCCUCACCUAACUUUCAUGGUGGGAUACACGGCAUGUCUAAUAAACUGGAGGACCGCCUGGACGAAGCUAUUCAUGUUCUUCAGCGACACGCUAGUGGACAAGGAGGACCUGGACUGGCUGAGAUGCAGAGUCUGCUGGCAUCUGGCUUGGGCUUAUCUUCAGCUUUUAGCAGCACAGCGCUUGGACUCACCAGUCGCCUGCCUGGAAUGGGCUCCAGUCACCAUGAAGACUCUGCUGGCCUGCCCUCUAAUGGAGGACUUGGGCAUCACAGUUCAUCUACCUUGCAGGGCUCACAGCCUGAAGGUUUCACAAGUAUGGUGAGCAGCCUUAAUCGUUCCAGUGACAUCAAACGAGAGACUAGGGAGGAGGAUGAAAACUGCUCCAUGACUGACAAGUCAGAGGAUGAGAACAAAGAGCUGAAGGCUCUUCAAACAAGUCUGAUUGAUGAGGACGAAGAUGAAGAUCUACCAGUGGAGAUUAAAGCUGGGCGGGAGAAAGUGCGGAGGAUGGCAAACAAUGCCCGCGAGCGGCUUCGCGUGCGGGACAUCAAUGAGGCCUUUAAGGAGCUGGGCCGCAUGUGUCAGCUCCAUCUGAACUAUGAGAAACCGCAGACUAAAUUGAACGUGCUCCAACAGGCCGUUAACGUUAUACUCAACCUGGAGCAGCAAGUCCGAGAGCGUAAUCUCAACCCAAAGGCCGCCUGCCUCAAGAGAAGAGAGGAGGAGAAAGUGUCGGGCAUGGACCCCCAGAUGCAGAUGGGCGGAGGUCUCGGAGGUGAUGGACACAACCCUAUAAGCCAUAUGUAAUUCCAAGCUCCUGUUAACAAGCAGAUGUUUGAACACGUGGCCUUAACGCACCUCCAUCUGGUUUUUGGAAGGCCCACGCCUCAUCACUGUCAGAACGGGGCCACAGUGACAAACACACGUAACAAGCACACCUGGAUAGAAUGAAACGUGUACCCAAAAUUACAUGAUUUGACUCAAGGACACUGAGGCCGGAACAUUAUUAUGAUCAAGACAUUCUAAAAAAAAAAAAAAUCCUUUACAUGUUGGGAGCAAACUUGUUCGGAUCAAAUAGUCCUUUUCUCCUGUGAGCAAAGCCAGGAUUCGUAUUAUUAUAAUAUGUGGCAUUCCCACUUAUAAAGGUGGUCUUAGAUGCAUUUUACGAUAGAUUGACUGAAUAGUCAGGGCUUGGUUCUUGUCUUCUUUUUUUCUACAUUUCUUUCCCUGACCGGUGCGGUAAUACGGCAAAUAUGGCAUGUGAUAUUUUUCACCUCUUAAACUGUGGAUCCUACCUGUCACUGUCAUGCAAGUGGAAUUGAAAGACUGCCAGAGGGUGUGCCACCACUUGGGAAAGACUACAGACAUAAUUGAGUCCAUAUGCGGGGCUUCCAUAGAAAUACAGCAUCUAGAUGUCAUUGCGUUGCCUACACGCUUGUCGCUUGUAUGUUCAAAUAUGGUGUGAGCGGGCAUCCUGCUUGGUCCAGUCACAAGAGGACACUUUUUAUUAUUUGAGCAGAAUGAACCUGCAACGUCUUUUCAUUUGUUACUGUUCUUUUUAAAAGUCAUUGCACUUGAAUCAGACGGGUAGUCUUUAGUUUUUUUUUUUGCAAACAAAAAUACAGCAGUCCCUUUGGAUACGAGUGACCUCCUUUUGAUUAAUUUAAGCGAUAUUAGCUGUCAUGCGGACCCUUUUUUUUUGUUUAGCAUUCGGAGUACAAAGUUAUGUUCGCUUUAUGAUGGAAUUAAAACCAUAAGGAGCAGUUUUGCAGAUAGUAAACAAUUUAAAAUCAGCAAAUUACUUUCCCUUAAGAUCGUCUCUGCGAGUUUAAUAUUAACAUAAAUUAGAAAACACCCUUGACUUGCUAUCGAUUAGCAUAGAUCAGGGGUGCCUAAUGCGUCGAUCACGAUCUUGAGGUCUAUUUCAUUCUGAGUGGGGAGCAGUUGAAAGAACUGCAGAAACAUCUCUAUAUAUCAUUUUCCUAUUGUCCAAAAGCUCGGGACACUGGGACACCACAUAUUCAAACACACAGUGGAGUGGCUUAUGUAGACAGUAUCACAACACAUAUAUUCUUUAUCCUUUGGGGAAAAAAAACAAUAUUAUUGAAGUUUAUCGAGUCAUUGAGAAUAGUGCUGACUCCGUUUGUUGGAAUGACUGUAUAAUACUCACCCCCCCCCCCCCCAUGAAUUAGAGUGAAGCAUUAAAUUAUGAUGUACAAACUAUAAUUCUUUAAAUUCUAUUUAAUGUUAUUGUUUCUAUAACACAUGGAUGGCUAUUUUCCUUAUUAAAAAAACAUUACAUUUUUUUGUGGGUUGGCUGGAAUGCCUUAAUGGGAUUUCCAUUCAUUUCAAUGGGGAAAGCUGAUUUGAAAUAUUAGUGUUUUGAGUCACAAGCUUGGCCACUGAACAAAUUCAACUCGUAUCACAAAUCACUACUGUAUUCUUUUUUUUUAAUAUAGCACAUGUAGAGCAGAUGAUAAGUGGUUACUUAGGGACCAUUUGAAUGCCAGUUUUGGAAGUCUCUAGCUGUACUCUGUGAUUGGACCAAUCAGAGCACACCUUAUUUCCAGUUCGUUGACUGCUUCCAUUGACAAGCUCAUCUCCUAAAAAAGGUUGUGUAGUGGGAAGAAAGCGAGUAUUGAAAGAUAUGUUGAGUUGUAAUAUUACCCUCUUGACUAUUUACUCGAUUGUUUGACUUUGUUGCUCUGUAUUGAGCUUUUUUUUUUUUAUUGUAUUUUUUUUUUGCAUUUUGAACAACUUCAAAACCUGUGUAAUGAUCUUCCUUUUGUAGAACAGGUCAGUGUUUUGUUGUUUGUAAGAUGUUAAGGCUUUGUUUGUUUGUUUUUUUUGUUUUCCCAUUUGGAAUGCUCUUGUUUUUUCUGUAUUUUUUUAAAUGGACGUUUUAGAUUCCGGGAACAAAGUGAGGUGUUUUGUUUUGUGUUGUGCCAGGUGCUUGGAAAUGUUAGAAAUGACAAAUUCUGGCCGUAUUGUCACAUGUUGUGAUGAUUAUAUAUUUUUUUCCUUUCGGUUGUGCGCAAACCUGACAUUUUUACUUGGAUUAUUUUUGUUUGCACCAGUUCAUUUUAAAGUGUCACAAUAACUCGUUCUGUCUUCAUAUUAAGGAUGUAAUUUGAUUAAGUUGGAGCCACAAUAUAUAUUUUGAUUUGUUCUUCAGCUUCAUUGUAAUGCAAUUCAUCAAAACGAAUGCAUCAAGCUCGGCCUUAGUCAUUUUCCUGACUUUGGGCAUUUUGAUGACUGGGACUCACCAGUGCCUGAUGACUUCUGUUACUUGCAUAUGACUGAAACCUUGCUUAGAUUGACGAGUCCAAGACCAUCAACAAGAAUUUAUUGAUGUGGUAACUCUGACACUGAAUCCUACUUAAACCUUUUGUUUACUGAUUUAUAUUUGAAUAUGACUAUGUCCUGGACUGUCAUGUACAUUGAUACGUAUCUACAGCUGUAUGAUACAUCAGCUGGAAAACAACAUUUUGCUUUGCCUUUACGUCUCAUUUGCAAAUUACUCACUGAUGGAAUAGCCUGUAACUUUAUUUUCAUUCAGAAAAAAAAAAAGAAUUGUUCUGAUAAUGCACAAAAAUAGACUUGUCUUUAUGUAAAGGAUUUUUCUACCACGUUCAAGUAUGAAAAACAUGAUAUUCUUUGCUAGAAAACUGUCAUCCACAACAAAUGACUUGCUACAGCUCCUUGUCUUCAGAAAUACUUGAGGGCAAUAUCUAUGUAGGCUUUGUCCUCAAAGUGCCUCCAGUUUCCUAUUUUUAUAUAUAAAGUAGAUAUUGAGAACUGUUGUGUAUAUAACAGUAAUGUAGUAAUAAAUGUGCCAUUUUUAAUACCA